AGAGAGAGAGAGAGAGAGAGUAUCAUAUGUCAGUUGGUGGGAAAACGCGAAGAGUAUAUAACGGCCUUCAUUCGGACUACAGGCAGUCACUGAAGCCGCAGCUACAAUGAAGUACUUUGCUCUUGCUUGCGUCUUGAUGGGCGUCGCCGUGGGCGUGCCAGGCCCUCGCCAAAGGCGCGACUCAUCCCCGCAGUUCUUCGAGCUGCCUUCCGAUGCUGAGCUCAUCCUGGGGCCGGUGAAGACGGGCUUUGCCUGUGCAGAUUUACCCUACGGUUACUACGCUGACGAAGACAACAGGUGCGCCGUGUUCCAUAUUUGUCUUCCCUACAUCGACAACGGCGAAAUCAUCACGCGUCAGUUCUCGUUCCUCUGCGGCGAAGGAACUGUCUUCGAUCAAGAACGCCUGAUAUGCGACGUCCCUGAGUCGUCCGUGGCUUGCUCCGAAUCCCGCAACUACAGGAGGGCCAACGAAUAUUUCGGCCGUGACGUCAACUUCCUGGAAUAGGUAUAUUAUUUGCUUCGACCGAGCGGGUGCCUCUGGUAGUGUCAUAGAGUGCUUCUUUCAUACAAACACACUCCUCUGGUUAUUAAUCCUAUUGUUUGAGAUUAAGCUGGCCUUAUGUCAGCGCGGGCUCUUGCUCCUAGAGCAGCCCGUAGAUAUUAAUCCUAAUCAUGAACCCGCUGCCGCUCUCAUCAGAUCCAACCAAGAUAGUCUCGUUUGCGCCAUCUUUUGUGGAACGCUAUUGCCGACUAAAUUCUUUUCUCUUUUUUGUAAUUACCUGGAAAGGCUUUCUUAACGAAGGCCUUGUACCUUCGUGUAAUGAUACUUAGUGAUUUAGUUUCUGCAUAUUGUAAAUGGUAAUCAUUUUGCAUAGAGAUACUGCCGCAUUAAAGUGAACAAUGUUGGUUGUAAAUAUGAUUUAUCUCCCUUAAAGACGCAAGCAAAUGUUGUACAAUAUCUGUGUGAGUUUCAAGCAAUCCAUUGUAUGUGAAGGAGAGCAAAUGUAAAUCGAAUAAAAAUUUAUCUAAUGAA